AUAUCAUUUACUGUAAAUUUUCCGCCGGGAAGAAAAGUCUGCCUUCCUUAAGCGUAAGCUUCACCAACCCUACGACGAACACGAUAGAAAAAAACAUCCGGCUUCAGCGAUUCGUCUCAUCUUUUCUCUUUUGCGAUUUUUGGAACAGUUUUGUAAGUUGGUCUGAGAGAAAAAAAGCGUAAUGAGCUGCUUUGGUUGUUGUGGUGGUGAGGAUUUCCGUAGAGUCGCUGAAACAGGACCAAAGCCAGUGCACAACGCAGCAGGUUACAAUGGAGGUCACCAUCAAAGGGCAGAUCCGCCAAAGUACCCGCCAGUCAUUCAGAUGCAGCCUAUCGCUGUUCCGGCCAUCCCAGCAGAUGAGUUGAAGGAUAUAACCGAUAACUAUGGUUCAAAGUCGUUGAUUGGUGAGGGCUCAUAUGGCAGAGUGUUUUACGGUGUUCUCAAAAGCGGUAAGGCAGCUGCCAUUAAGAAACUGGAUUCCAGUAAGCAACCGGAUCAAGAAUUUCUUGCACAGGUAUCAAUGGUUUCAAGAUUGCGACAAGACAAUGUUGUUGCGCUUCUGGGAUAUUGCGUUGAUGGCCCACUCCGUGUUCUUGCUUAUGAAUAUGCUCCUAAUGGAUCUCUUCAUGAUAUUCUUCAUGGUCGAAAAGGUGUCAAAGGAGCACAGCCAGGUCCUGUUCUGUCGUGGCACCAGAGAGUCAAAAUUGCUGUUGGUGCGGCUAGAGGACUCGAGUACUUGCAUGAGAAGGCAAACCCUCAUGUUAUCCACCGAGACAUCAAAUCCAGCAACGUACUUCUGUUUGACGAUGAUGUUGCCAAGAUUGCUGAUUUCGAUCUGUCCAAUCAAGCCCCUGACAUGGCUGCACGCCUUCACUCAACUCGUGUGCUGGGAACCUUUGGCUACCACGCUCCAGAGUAUGCAAUGACAGGAACAUUGAGCACAAAGAGUGAUGUCUACAGUUUUGGCGUUGUUCUGCUAGAGCUCCUCACAGGUCGUAAACCAGUUGAUCAUACCUUACCAAGAGGACAGCAGAGUCUUGUGACAUGGGCAACCCCUAAACUGAGUGAAGACAAGGUGAAGCAGUGCGUUGAUGCAAGACUAAAUGGAGAAUAUCCUCCCAAAGCUGUUGCUAAGCUGGCUGCGGUAGCUGCGCUGUGUGUGCAAUAUGAGGCAGACUUCAGGCCAAACAUGAGCAUAGUGGUGAAGGCUCUUCAGCCUCUGCUCAAUCCUCCUCGCUCUGCUCCUCAGACUCCACACAGGAACAACCCUUAUUGAUAUAUGCUCCGAUCUGUUUCCACGCUUCAUCUUCACUAUUUCAUUUGUUUUUGUUUGAACCCGAUUUGUGUAAAUUCGUGAAAUAGGCUAUUAUCUCUCUCAUAAAACCCUACUCACUUCACUGAAACUCUCACUUGGAAAGCUCAACGUUGCUCUAUUUUGUUUAUGUUAUAUCAUGCCUGUGAUGUAAGUUUUCUACUAA